AUGGUGGAGCGAUUGCGCAUCCUCGUUGUCGGCUCCGGCGGCCGCGAGCAUGCCUUUGCAUGGAAGCUUGCUCAAUCGCCCCUGGUGGAUCAGGUUCACGUCGCUCCCGGUAAUGGUGGCAUCGCCAAUGCUGAGUCUCCCAUAGUAAACGUGCCAAACAUAUCGGUGGACGACUAUCCUGGACUUGUCGCAUACUCUCGUAAGAUGGGUCUCAAUCUGGCCGUCAUUGGACCUGAAGCACCACUGGUUGGAGGCAUCGAAGGGUUCUUUCGAGCGGCAGGCAUUCGCUGCUUUGGACCAAGCAAGGCUGCAGCGAUUAUGGAGGGCAGCAAAGCAUUCUCAAAGGACUUCAUGCAGCGUCAUGGAAUUCCAACAGCAGCAUUCCGAAACUUCGACGACUAUGAUGCAGCGACACAGUAUCUCGACAGCGUAAAGCACAACGUGGUGAUCAAGGCGGAUGGCUUGGCUGCUGGGAAGGGUGUGAUCAUCCCUAUGUCGAAACAGGAAGCACACGAUGCACUGAAGAAGAUCAUGGUUGCGAAGGACUUUGGCUCGGCGGGCGCACAGGUCGUCAUCGAGGAGUUCCUGGAGGGCGACGAGCUCAGCAUACUAACAUUUAGCGACGGCUAUACUAUCAGAUCUUUGCCGCCAGCACAGGACCACAAGCGAGUCGGCGACGGCGACACAGGGCCCAACACUGGCGGUAUGGGCUGCUAUGCGCCAACAACGGUCGCCAGCAAGGAGCUGAUCCAACAGAUCGACCGCGAGAUCGUGCAGCCAACUAUUGACUCGAUGCGAAGAGAUGGCAUGCCAUUCGUUGGCAUCUUGUUCACAGGGAUCAUGCUCACUAAGAACGGACCGAAAGUGCUCGAGUACAAUGUUCGAGGCGGUGAUCCAGAGACACAAACGCUCCUGCCUCUUCUCAGCGAUGACACGGACUUGGCGAAAGUCAUGCUCGCGUGCACAGAGCAUUGGCUUGACGGAGUGGAGAUGCACAUCAAGCCGGAAUUUGCGACGACCGUAGUGGCGUGCGCCGAGGGCUACCCAGGCAGCUACGCCAAAAACAGGCCGAUCACACUGCAAAAGACGCCCGCCGAUACCAUCAUCUUCCACGCCGGUACUUCUCUUGCGGACAAGGGGAAGCUGCUCUCGACAGGUGGCAGAGUCAUUGCAGCGACAGCUACCGCCGCCACACUUGAGGAUGCUGUGAAGAAAGCGUAUGAAGGUAUGGCCACCAUCAAAUUCGAGGGCAUGCACUUCCGGAAAGAUAUCGCACAUCGCGCAUUCAGACAGAAGAAUGAGUUGCAGAAGGAGGACGAACCUCUUACAUAUGCCGCUGCAGGUGUCAGCAUUGAAGCAGGCAACUCACUGGUUGAGAAGAUCAAGAAGGACGUGAAGUCCACAAAACGACCUGGUGCUGAUGCCGACCUGGGCGGAUUUGGCGGUCUGUUUGACCUUGCGGCAGCUGGCUUCCACGAGAAGUCACCUACGAUUGUGGUGGCUACGGAUGGUGUGGGUACGAAGCUAAAGAUCGCUCAUGCCAUGGAGAAGCACGACACUGUUGGCAUUGAUCUCGUCGCUAUGAAUGUGAACGAUCUGGUUGUUCAGGGAGCAGAGCCACUUGUGUUUGUGGACUGCUAUACCUGCAGCAUCUUGGACGUGGCAGUGGCGGCUGAUGUCGUGGGCGGUGUGGCACAGGGAUGUCGGAUAUCAAAAUGCGUCCUGGCGGGAGGUGAGACUGCCGAGAUGCCAGGACUGCUAAAUGGCAAUGAGUACGACGUCACGGGAACCGCGGUGGGCGCAAUCGAUCUCUCGAAUACAAAGCUCCUCCCGGAUAAGGACAGCAUGGUCGAGGGAGAUGUCCUGCUUGGUCUGGCAUCAAAUGGCGUGCACUCCAAUGGCUUCUCGCUAAUCAGAAGAAUUCUGGACCGCAAACAUCUGGCGCUCUCGGAAGUAGCACCCUGGAAUGCGGAGGAGACUGUGGGCAACUCGUUACUGACCCCAACGAGAAUAUACGUGGUGCCACUGUUGAACGUAUUGAAGAAGGAUCUGAUCAAAGGCAUGGCGCACAUCACGGGCGGCGGCCUGGUCGAGAAUGUACCACGAAUGCUCCCAGACUCACUUACAGCAGAAAUCGACGUCUCAACGUGGGAACGGCCGAAGGUCUUCGAUUGGCUUCAGGCAGCUGGCAAGGUCAGCAAUGAGGAGAUGGGUAAGACUUUCAACAAUGGUGUCGGCAUGGUGCUUGUGGUCUCGAAUGUAGCGUCGGGCGAGGUGAAGAAGCUCCUUGAGGAGCAAGGCGAGGUGGUGUACAAGAUUGGCACGCUGGUCAGUAGAACCGAAGCGGGAUGUACUCUGAGAGGCACGGAGGCAUGGGCAUCUUCGUAG